AUGGACACAUACAGUUGUUCUGAUUAUUCUGAUUCUGAUUGUUCUGUAUUUCCCGUGAAUGUUGGUGUACCAGCAUGUCCAGCAGAGGGCGAAAUUACACAACAAACAGCACAACGUGACAGGGAGAAACCUCCAGUGAGGUACACAGAGAUGUCUCAGAAGAAGAUAUUCCUGGUCUUUGUGGCAAUCAGCACAGUCAGCUUCCUGCUCCACCAUGGGGGCAGCUGGACGAUGGAGGCCUUCCACCUGGGCUGUCCCGCCCUGUGCUCCCACUCCUCCUCCUCCUCGGGCCUCAAACCCAAACACACCAACAUCCUGUUCCUGAAGACCCACAAGACGGCCAGCAGCACCAUGCAGAACCUGCUGUUUCGCUUCGCCGAGCGCAACAAGCUCACCGUGGGCCUGCCCAUUUUGGCGUGCGGCCACCAGUUCUGCUACCCACGCGCCUUCAGCGACCAAUUUGUCCACCUGCGCAACCUCACGCCUAACAUCAUCACCAAUCACAUGCGCUUCAACCGGGCCGAGUUACGACGCCUGAUGCCCAACAACACCGUCUACGUGACCAUACUGAGGGAGCCCAGCUCCAUGUUCGAGUCCCUGUUCAGCUACUUCAACCAGCACUGUCAGAGCUUCAAACGGGUUCCCAACGGCUCUCUAGAGGCUUUCCUGGAGGAUCCGUGGAGGUACUACCGCCCCGAUGAGAAAUACUCCAUGUACGCCCGGAACACCCUGACCUUUGACCUUGGCGGGGACAAGGACCGUCCAUCGACGGACGAGGUGUACGCCCGGGCGUUCGUGGCGGAGGUGGAGCGCGUCUUCUCGCUGGUGAUGAUCGCCGAGCACUUUGAGGAGUCGCUGGUCCUCCUCCGCCACCUGCUGUCCUGGGACCUGGAGGACGUGCUCUACCUCAACCACAACAUGCGCACGUCGGCCUCCAAGGACAACGUCACCAACGGCCUCCCCACCAAAAUCCGCGCCUGGAACCACCUGGACGCGCGCCUCUACGACCACUUCAACGCCUCGCUGUGGCGGCAGCUGGCGGUGCUGGGGCCGGCGUGCGUGGCGAGGGAGGUGCGGCUCUUGCGGCGGGCGCAGGAGCGGGUGAUCCGGAGCUGCUUUGGGGGCGGGCUCCCGCAGCAACGCACCGCCGUCCAGAUCAAAAACAAAGACCUGCGUCCGUGGAAACCCAGCUCCAAGGUGGACAUCGUGGGCUACGACCUCCCCGUGAACGUUAGCCGGGGCGGCAGCGGCGGCGGGGGUGGCGAGGCGGCUAGCGAGCUGUGUCUCAGGCUCAUCAUGCCCGAGGUGCAGUACACGCGUGUGUUGCAACGCUCUCAGGUGCUGCGGUGACUUUUGACCUUCUUUUGAUCGUCGCUCUUCUGAAUGGUGUGUUUUUUAACCUUGGUUUUCUCUGUGGCUUGUAACUGUAUAGGGAAUUAAAGUUAAGUCUGUGUUAACCAACAAUUUGUGGAUCCUGUUGUGCAUUUCAAUCUUCAACACAAACAGACGAAUGAAAGCCUACUGUAAACACACACAAACAAGUGAGCGAGGAGUUAAUUCUCAAAGUUGAUGUGUUGGAAGCAAAACUAUUGCAGGUAAAUCGGUUUCCCUUGUGUUCUCAAUAACCAACUGAAACUUGUUAAUGAUUCACUCAGGCCUCCUGAUGAAAAGAUAAUUGAAUUUAACGACUGUAUGACUUGAAAAUAGCUUUUCGCUUUAUGGUUUUUUUUAUGGAUAGUAGUGGAGGUGUUUAUGAGAUGUUGAGAGUUUGCCAACAUUUGUUACCCAACAAGAUCAGUACAUUAUACGAGGUUUCAAAGGUCACCUUAAUUCUAGCACUCACUCUCCACACUUCUACAACUCUCCAGACCCCCAACCUAAAACUCUAUACAGUGUAAUUGGGCUACUCUAUAUGGAAGUGUAUUUCACAAUAUUUAUGUAUAUUUAUUUAAAUUUAGUCCUAUAUGAAACUGGUGUUUUUUCUUUUUAUUAUAUCUUGUACUACCUUUAUACAUUUCUAUAUAUACUCUUCUGUCCACUCAUCUUAGGUCAUCUGUAUUGCAUUCAUU